GACCCGCAGGAUGGCGCUCCCAUCUUUUCGACGACACUUUUCUUACGACUGUCUCUUACGAUUUACGGCAGCGGCUAGUGUCCACAUGGUCGCUCGUGUUGUGAGCUUGACGGAAUUGUAGAACAGAUUGAAAUUGAUAUUUAACUUCAAGUGUAGUCCAAACACAUUAAAAACAUGGGAAAGACUAAAAACAACAAAUUCAAACGGCCAUCGUUUUCUUCCGAUGGUCUUCCAGCAACUCCUGUUAAACAGACUGGGGACGAAUCAGAAGACGAAGACUCUCCGGCUGCGGAGCUGCUCGAUAAACUGCAGAGUCCAUCAGCUGAUGUGCGCGAGUACGCGUGUGCCAGUAUCUCUCGUGUUGUCCAGCAGAGUCAGACGAUCCCAGGAUUCCUCCAGAGAGAUGCGGUCAGGAAAAUCGGACCUUUACUGCUGGAUCGCAGCCUGGCGGUCAGAGAGACUGCUGCUGGAGCACUCAGGAAUCUUAGUGCCUGCGGAGGCCCUGAAGUAUGUGAGGACAUGGUGAGACAGGAUGCGCUGACGCCUCUGUCUGCUCUCCUGAGGGAGUGCUGUACUGGCUUUGACAUGAGCUCGUCUCCUACUAUGAAAGGACAGAAACGCACGGUGGAAGACGUCGCCAAUGAGGCUGUAAAUUUACUUUGGAACCUCUGUGAGAGCAGUAGCACAGCUGUGUCAGUGUUUAACAAGGCUGGACUUCUAGAUGUUCUUCUACAUUGUUUACAGAGACACCCUCAGAAUAUGGAGCUGGCAAUUUCAGCAGGCCACUGCAUGCACACAGUAACAGAAGAGAACGAAGAGCUUGUGCGCAGUGUGAACGCAGCAGUGUUUGGGGUCUUGGAAAACAUUCUGUCCACCACACACACGAGUAUGGAAUACACUCUCCUGCGAACGCUGGCUGCAGGCUCCUUAUGGAAUCUGAAGAGCGGUCUGUCUUCAGCGCAGCAGUCUCAGACACUGACUGCGCUGGCCACCACUCUCUCACACAGCCUCAGUCUGGACGCAGGAGAACUCAUCCCAGAGCUGUGGCGUGCUGAAUCUGCCCGUCUGUCCAAAGAGACCACAUCUGCCACAGAGUCAGAUCAUACAGAUGCACGGCCCGCAGGUCAUGAGGCCGAAGAAAUGGAGGAGGACGUGAGAGAUGAGAAGAUGAAUGGAAGAAAGCCUAAUGAACGGAUGUCAAAAACCAAAAAUGACAUCUCAGAUCUGUUGCCUAGAGACAGACUGGAGUUGCGAGAGGCCAAAGCACUGCUGUCAGCACAGCAGACAUCGCUGGAAAUCAUUGUCAACAUGUGCUGCUCCGAUGAGCCCUCAGAUGAUGAGUGGGAGGAGAUGUCCAGUAGCGAUGAGAGCGAGGUGUGUGCUGAUGGGAUGUCAGACACUAAUUCCAGCUUGUUCUCUCCUCUCUGUCUGUCUGCUGAACUUCACACAAUCCUGCUCAACCACAGCAUACCUCAACAGGUCUUAAAGAAGGCUGAGUUCCCCAGUGCUGCUGCCCUUGAGCUCUGUAGCAAGUACCCUACCUGGAAAUGCCUCUUGAAAAAGAUGCACCGGGUGCAGUGUCGGGCACUCACGUGUCUCCAUAAUAUCCUUUCUUCUAUGGAUACAGAAUCUCUUGGUGGUGCUUCAGGGCUACAGGCUGUGGCUCAGCACCUCUCCUCAUUGGUUUUCAGCUCAGCAGAGGCAUUAAAGGAUGAGGAGUUCCUGGAGGCUGUGACUAGUGCUCUUCGCUCUCUACUACAGAUCAUGGCUACCAAAAACAUCCCUCAGGGUAUGACUCCACAACAGCUAAUGAUUUUUUGUGAGGCUGCCACUAGCUAUGAGCUGGUCAGUGUGAGAGUUAAUGCUCUGGCCAUUCUCGGUAUCACAGGAAGCUCUCUUUCCAAAGAGAAAAACACAGCAGACACUCUACAGUUGAUUGGAAAUGCAUUACUGAAUAUCGCAAUGAAGGACUCAAACUUGGUUGUGUGCGGGGAAGCGCUGGAUGCCCUCUUCGAUGUGUUUGCGGAUGGCGAUGAAGCAGAGAAAGCUGGAAAAAAUCUUAACCUGCUUUCAUCUCUCAAAGCCCUUCAGCCAGGGUUUAGGGCUAAGCUGCGAAAAGAAGGCAGAGGAAAAUACAGCCCUGAUCAGCUUUGUGUUCUGGACAACAUAAGGAUCAACCUGAAGAGAUUCAUUAGCUACUUGGAGAACCUGCAGAGAAAAUGAGAUUUCAAAGAUCAGUAGUACAAAUUCUCUGUCAACAUCUCACCUUGUUUUAUUUAGCAUUUUCUGUCCAUAUUCCUCUCUGGGGUUCUUUUGGUUUUAUUGUAAUGUGAGAUUGUUUAUGUAAGAAAAUUAAGAUAAAAAAUAAUGUUUGUAAAACCAAACAUAUGUAAGUGCU